GUGCCCGGCCCGCCGUCCUCUCCGUCCUCUCUGUGCCCGGCCCGCCGGCCCGGCCGGCCGGAGCCCCGCGCACGGCAGCCGGCGGCCGGUCCCGCGCCGGCCACGUUGGGAUGCGGGCCGGCAGCCGGCGCCCGGCUCCCCGGAGGCCACCUGCGUGCUGGAGGGCUGCCGCCGGGACCAUGAGCAGCUAAGAUGGACACGUCCGCCCCCGCCUCCGCCGCGGAGAAGAAAGAAGGCAAAAGUGCGAUCCCGGAGGGGGCGGCCAGGAAGACCUCGGCACUGGCAGUGGCUGCGACGGCGGCGGCAGCAGCAGCUGCCCAAGGAGUGCCGCAGCAACUCUUGCCGCCGUUCCAUGCUCCCUUACCGAUUGACAUGAGACACCAGGAGGGAAGGUACCAUUACGAGCCUCACUCUGCCCACAGCGUGCACGGGCCACCUGCCCUGAGUGGCAGCCCCGUCAUCUCUGACAUCUCUUUGAUCCGGCUUUCCCCGCACCCGGCCGGCCCCGGGGAGUCCCCGUUCAGCGCCCCCCACCCGUACGUGAGCCCCCACAUGGAGCACUACCUCCGCGCCGUGCACAGCAGCCCCACGCUCCCCGCCAUCUCUGCAGCCCGCGGCCUCAGCCCCGCCGACGUGGUCCAUGAGCACCUUAAGGAGAGGGGGCUGUUUGGCCUCCCCGCCACAGGUGCCAACCCCUCAGACUAUUACCACCAGGUGGCGCUCAUGGCGGGCCACCCCGCGUCCUACGGGGACCUGCUCCUGCAGACGGGGGGCUCCGCUGGCACCCCCCAUCUCCACGACUACCUCAAUCCAGUGGACGUGUCGCGUUUCUCCAGCCCACGGGUGACGCCCCGCCUGAGCCGCAAGCGGGCGCUGUCCAUCUCCCCGCUGUCGGACGCCAGCCUGGACCUGCAGCGGAUGAUCCGCACCUCCCCCAACUCGCUGGUGGCCUACAUCAACAACUCCCGCAGCAGCUCGGCCGCCAGCGGCUCCUACGGGCACCUGUCAGCGGGCACCCUCAGCCCAGCCUUCACCUUCCCCCACCCCAUCAACCCCGUGGCCUACCAGCAGAUCCUGAGCCAGCAGAGGGGCCUGGGCUCGGCCUUCGGACACACGCCACCCCUGCUCCAGCCCUCCCCCACCUUCCUGGCCCAGCAGCCCAUGGCCCUCACCGCCAUCACCACCACACCCACUCAGCUCAGCAGCAGCAGCAACUGUCUGAGCAACGCCAGCCAGAGCAAGCAGACCAGCGAGUCGGCUGUGAGCAGCACCGUCAACCCCAUCAUCAUUCAUAAGCGCAGCAAGGUCAAGACGGAAGCUGAGGGCCUGGGGCCAGCCUCCCCGGUGACCCUGACGCAGGAGCAGCUGGCCGACCUCAAGGAAGACCUGGACAGAGACGACUGCAAGCAGGAGGCGGAGGUGGUCAUCUACGAGACCAACUGCCACUGGGAGGACUGCACCAAGGAGUACGACACGCAGGAGCAGCUGGUGCAUCACAUCAACAACGAGCACAUCCACGGGGAGAAGAAGGAGUUCGUGUGCCGCUGGCAGGCCUGCACGCGGGAGCAGAAGCCCUUCAAGGCGCAGUACAUGCUGGUGGUGCACAUGCGCCGGCACACGGGCGAGAAGCCGCACAAGUGCACGUUCGAGGGCUGCUCCAAGGCCUACUCGCGCCUGGAGAACCUGAAGACGCACCUGCGCUCCCACACCGGGGAGAAGCCGUACGUGUGCGAGCACGAGGGCUGCAACAAGGCCUUCUCCAACGCCUCGGACCGCGCCAAGCACCAGAACCGCACCCACUCCAAUGAGAAACCCUACAUCUGCAAGAUCCCGGGCUGCACCAAGCGCUACACGGACCCCAGCUCUCUGCGGAAGCACGUGAAAACCGUGCACGGCCCCGACGCCCACGUCACCAAGAAGCAGCGCAACGACGUGCACCUCCGCGCCCUGCUGCUCAAGGAGAACGGGGACCCCGAGGCCGGCCCCGAGCCUGGCGGCCGGCGCGCGGAGGAGAGCGCCGAGGCCAGCAGCGCCGGCCAGUCCGCGGAGGACUGCCUGCACAUCAGGGCCAUCAAGACCGAGAGCUCCGGGCUGUGUCAGGCCAGCCCAGGGGCCCAGUCAUCCUGCAGCAGUGAGCCCUCUCCCUUGGGCAGUGCCCCCAACAACGACAGCGGCGUGGACAUGCCAGGCACGGGGCCCGGAAGCCUGGGAGACCUGACGGCGCUGGAUGACACGCCCCCGGGGCCCGACACCUCGGCCCUGGCCGCCCCGUCCGCCGGCGGCCUGCAGCUGCGCCAGCACAUGACCGCCAUGCACCGGCUAGAGCAGCUCAAGAAGGAGAAGCUCAAGUCGCUUAAAGAUUCCUGCUCGUGGGCCGGGCCAGCUCCACACCCCCGGACCCCCAAGCUGCCUCCCCUCCCGGGAAGCGGCUCCAUCCUGGAAAACUUCGGCUGCGGUGGGGGCGGCAGGCCCCUGGGGCUGCUGCCCAACCCGCGGCUGUCGGAGCUGUCCGCCGGCGAGGGGACGGUGCUGGGCCACCUGCAGGAGCGCCGCGACAGCUCGGCCAGCACCGUCAGCUCGGCCUACACCGUGAGCCGCCGCUCCUCCGGCAUCUCCCCCUACUUCUCCAGCCGGCGCUCCAGCGAGGCCUCGGGCCUGGGCGCCGGCCGCCCGCCCCAGGCCAGCUCCGCGGACUCCUACGACCCCAUCUCCACGGACGCCUCCCGGCGCUCCAGCGAGGCCAGCCAGGGCGGGGCGGGCGCGGGGCCGCUCAGCCUGACGCCCGCGCAGCAGUACAGCCUGCGGGCCCGGUACGCGGCGGCCACGGGCGGGCCGCCCCCCACGCCGCUGCCCGGCCUGGAGCGCGGGGGCCUGCGGGCCCGGCUGGCUCUGCUGGACGCGUCGCAGCGCGUGCUGGGGCCCCGGCGAGGCAGCGGCGGGCCGGCCUACGGCCACGCGGGGCCUGCCCCCGCCUUCCCCCACGAGGCGUGCGGGGGCGGGGCGCGGCGGGCCAGCGACCCCGUGCGGCGGCCCGACGCCCCCGCUCCGCCCCGGGUGCAGCGCUUCCUCAGCGCCCACGACGUGAACCCGGGCCCGCUGCCGCCCUGCGCCGCCGACAGGCGCGGCCGCCACCCGCAGGCGCCCGCCGGCGCCGAGGGCGGCCUCGCCCACGGCACCUACUCCCCCCGGCCACCCAGCAUCAGCGAGAACGUGGUGAUGGAGGCCAUGGCGGUGGGGGCGGACGGGGCAGGGCCUGAGGACCCCCUCCUGCUGCCCGAGGAUGACCUGGUGCUGCCCGACGACGUGGUGCAGUACAUCAAGGCCCACGCGGGCACCCUGGGUGACGGCACCCCGCAGGCAUAUCCCCCCGAGAGCUCCUGCUUCUCCGAACACCCCAAACUGCCCAGCCCGGGGCUGCACGGCCAGCGCAGGGUGGUGGCUGCGGACUCCAACAUGGGCCCCUCCGCCCCUGGGCUGGGAGGCUGCCAGCAGGGCUAUGGUGCCCCCUCCGGCCCGAGCAAAAGCAGCAUGCCCGUGCAGUGGAAUGAGGUGAGCUCUGGCACCAUGGAUGCCCUGAGCAGCCCGGGGAAGCCUCCACCCGUUCUGCAGGGCAACCUGGCGGUGGCACAGCAGAAGCCGGCCUUCGGCCAGUACCCGGGCUACGGCGCACAGGGCCUGCCACCGAGCCCGCGGGGUCUGGGCAGCGCACGGCCACUCCUUCCGGCCUGCGGCGGAGCCCCCUCCGGGCCCAGGGCAAAUCACAUGCAGCGGCUUCGGCAGGCAGGGGCCGGGGGCCAGUGUGCCAGCAUGACCACCACCGCGAGCCCCCAUGCCAGCUACGACCAAGGCCACCCCCAGCUGAGCGCCGGCACCGUGGGCGGAGCCCUGAAUCCAUUCCCCACAUCCUGCAGCAGCCUGGUAGCCAAGCCCGGUCACCUGGGGCUCCCCCAGCAGAUGGAAGUUGUUCCUGACCCCUCCAUGAUGGGUAGUAGACGCAGGGAACUCGGGGCCCCCAAUGCCACCCUGGCCGGGAUGGCACCACUUCAUGCAGCCCAGAGCUACCCACAGAGCCAUCACCUGGCAGCCCCCAUGAGCCAGGAGGGCUACCACCAGGGCCCCAGCCUUCUGCCUUCCCACCAGCCUGGCUUCCUGGAGCUGCAGCAGGCUGCAGCGGGGCUGGCUGGGCCCGGCUUCGGCCCAGUGCAACCCCGGCCACCUCCUGAGCCUGGCCCUGCUGGCCGCCACCGGGGGGUACGUGCAGGGCAGCAGCUGGCCUACGCCCGGGCCGCCGGCCAUGCCCUGGCUGCUGUGUCAGCCAACCAGGAGAUGGCAGAGUCCGUGCCCAAGGGAGCGAUGGGCACUAUGUCAUCCUUACCGCCUCAGCUGCCCCCACAGGACACGGGUGGAGCCCAGGACCACAACAUGCUCUACUAUUAUGGCCAAAUCCACAUGUAUGAACAGAACGGAGGCCUGGAGAACCACGGAGGCUGCCAGGUCAUGAGGCCCCAGCUGCCGCAGCCCCAGGCCUGCCCCGAGGGUCUCCAGCCCCAGCCCUUGUCCUCGCCAGGGGUCAACCAGGUGUCCAGCACCGUGGACUCCCAGCUGCUGGAGGCCUCCCAGAUCGAUUUCGACGCCAUCAUGGAUGACGGCGAUCACUCGAGCUUGCUCUCGGGCGCCCUGAGCCCCAGCCUCCUCCACAGCCUCUCCCAGAGCUCCUCCCGCCUCACCACCCCCCGGAGCUCCCUGACCCUGCCCUCCGUCCCCAUGGGCAUCAGCAACAUGGCCGUCGGGGACAUGAGCUCCAUGCUCACCAGCCUGGCCGAGGAAAGCAAGUUCCUCAACAUGAUGACCUAAGGCCGGCCCCGGUGCGGAGCGGACGCCGAGGAGCAUCGUUUCCAGAGUGGGUGUCGUCCGUUUUGUCUUCUCCCGAAUGAGUAUUCCUAGGCCUGCAGCGGGGAGGGGGCAGUGGCUGGUCAGGCCACAGCGCUUUAAGGCGAGUUCACGUGCAUCCUGGCUGGUCUUCUCGGGGGUUCCUUUGGAACACUGGGAAUCCUCAGUGGGAAGGCUCCCGCCUGUGGUAUUAGCGAGGAGAGGCCCACUCUGCUCGGCUUCUUCGCCCCUGUCAGAGGGGUCCCCGGCCCGGGCUUCCCAAGUACACGAGGACAAGGCAGAGGCACCACGUUUGGGUUGCAAUCGGAAAGCCGUACCGGAUGUUGUGAGCCAGGAAGAUGAGCUUCUAUUCCGAUCCUGCACGAAGGAGUUGCUGGCCCCUGGAGCCCUUCCCCAAGCUGGUCACGAGGCCUCCGACGUCCCUGGUCACGGAGGAAAGGGAGUUUACCAGGCGACUCGGGGCACAUCCUGGUUCAGGGUGGUAGUGCCAGCACCUCUGCCCGGCAGAGCCAGGUGCCGCCUGGCGGACAGCCACGUGUGUGGAAUGGAUAAAGGACGGGGGUGUUGCCAGAAAAGGGAAAGAACACACCGUGACGCUCGGGGGUGCUCAGAAGCGGCGGGCCCCUCCAGGCGUGUUCACAGUGUUCACGCAUGUAAAACGUGGCCCUCCCUGAAAAGAGCACUUCCAAAUACUUGGGGCCGCUGGAGCUGCUGCGGGCAGGGGUGACCGAGGGCCCACGUGUGGAUGGACCUUUAGGGAGUGAGCGUGCACGGGCCCAGCCUCGGGCGCCUGGGGUAGGAGGAGUCACACAUUUACCCACCUGUUUCCCCAGGGCACUGCCCGCUCACUCUCCGCCAGCCCCUGAUGGCAGCCUCCGGCAUGCUGCCCACUCGCCAGCAGCCCGGCACCUCUGGACCCCCUUCCUCUGUCCUCAUCCGUUCCGGAGGACGAUGAUGUGCAUGGCGUCUGGUGGGACAGGAGGGAAGGAGCUGGCUGCUGGGGCUCAGGGACAUCACUGGUCUCCGUUCGGUGGGAUUAGGAGCUGGUGUCAGCAGACAUGCUGACAUGCUGUGGGAUGAGUGGUGCACCCUCCCCAGCACACCCCACCUUCCCCGUGUUGAGUUCGUGGCAUCCUUGCCCAAACCAACUGCAGCACAAGGAGCUUGAGACUGACUGUGACCUGGCUUCCGGCAGGAGAGGGCCACACCUUACCUGGCCCUCUGGUCCCAAAACACCCAGGGCUUUGCUGGCUCCGAGGAAAGGCCACGUCCAAAUCCCAGCCCUGGAGGGCCCGGGGCCCGGCUCUGGGGAUCACUCCCUCCCUGAGGGGCUGUCCCAGCUCCCCGCCCUGGAUGGAGUCUGUACAGAAGACAUCACCCUGAACAGACUGUAGGCGAGGCACCCGCCCAGUUUAUAUCUCCACAACAUUUUUAGCUUUUUCUACCUGCUAUGAAUUGAGAUGACAUGCUCAACUUGUAAAUAAGUCUUUUUGUACAUUAAAAAAGUAAUUUUUUCAUAA